AUGGAGGGUAUUUUGGAUUUUUCUAAGGAUUUGGAUAUUCCUUUGUUAGAUCAGAUUGUAGAUUCAUUCUAUAAAGGAUCUGGUGCUACCCAGAAGCAAGCACAAGAUAUUUUAACUAAAUUUCAAGAACAUCCUGAUGCUUGGCAACGUGCGGAUAAAAUCUUACAGUUCUCUAACAAUUCUCAAGCAAAGUUUAUUGGUUUAUCUAUCUUAGAUAAAUUGAUCACCACUAAAUGGAAGUUGCUCCCACAAGAACAAAGAGUCGGUAUUAGAGAUUUUGUAGUCGGAAUGGUGAUUUCCUUGUGUCAAGAUGACAAUGUUUUUAAAAAUGAAAAAAAUUUAAUCAACAAGUGUGAUUUAACAUUAGUGCAAAUUUUGAAACAAGAAUGGCCCCAAAAUUGGCCUAAUUUUAUUCCUGAAUUGAUUGGAAGUUCAAGUUCUUCUGUCAACGUAUGUGAGAAUAACAUGAUUAUUUUAAAGUUAUUAUCUGAAGAAGUUUUCGAUUUUUCUGCUGAACAAAUGACUCAAGCACAUGCCCUUCACUUGAAAAAAUCUAUGUCCAAGGAAUUUGAACAAAUUUUUAAAUUAUGUUAUCAAGUAUUAGAACAUGGUUCCUCAACGUCCUUGAUUGUUGCUGCUCUUGAGUCGUUACUGAGAUAUCUACAUUGGAUCCCAUAUACUUACAUUUAUGACACAAAUCUUCUUGAAUUAUUGAGUACAAAGUUCAUAACAUCCGCAGAAACUAGAGCUAUAACUGUCAAAUGUUUAACUGAGGUAUCUCAAUUGGACAUCCCUUUAGAAAAUACUGGAGUGAAGCCUCAAAUUGUCAUGUAUUUCCAAAAUACGUUAUCUCAAAUUGCAGCCAAUGUUAUCCCAAUAACCGCUGAUUUGAAAACUACUUACAAAACUGCCAGCGGUAAUGAUCAAUCAUUUUUACAAGAUUUUGCGAUGUUUUUAACAACUUAUUUGACACGUAAUAGAUCUGUUCUAGAAAGUGAUGAAAGUUUAAGAGAAUUACUACUGAAUGCGCAUCAAUAUUUGAUACAACUAUCUAAAGUAGAUGAAAGAGAAUUAUUCAAAACGACAUUAGAUUAUUGGCAUAAUCUUGUUGCAUACUUAAUUCAAGAAAUUCAACAAUUACCGAUUCAUGAGUUAAACCCAAUUACACAACUAGCUGUUGGUUAUAAAACAAUUUCAUCAGGUGGUGGUGCUCCAAAUCCUGAAUUAUUAAAAAAGUAUCCUUUAAAGAAACAUAUUUAUGAUGUUAUCUGUUCUCAAUUAAGAUGGGUUAUCAUUGAAAAUAUGGUCAGACCUGAAGAAGUUUUAAUUGUUGAAAAUGAUGAAGGUGAAAUUGUCAGAGAAUUUGUUAAAGAAUCUGAUACAAUUCAAUUAUAUAAAUCUGAAAGAGAAGUACUAGUUUACUUGACACAUUUAGAUGUUAUCGAUACAGAAGAAGUUAUGAUUAGUAAACUAGCAAGGCAAAUCGAUGGCUCUGAAUGGUCAUGGCAUAACAUUAAUACUCUGUGUUGGGCUAUUGGUUCUAUUUCAGGUACAAUGAAUGAAGCUACCGAAAAACGUUUUGUUGUCACCGUUAUUAAGGACCUACUAGCCCUAACGGAAAGAAAAAGGGGUAAAGAUAAUAAAGCUGUCGUUGCUUCUAAUAUUAUGUAUGUCGUUGGUCAAUAUCCAAGAUUUUUAAAAGCUCACUGGAACUUCUUGAGAACUGUUAUUCUAAAAUUAUUCGAAUUUAUGCAUGAAACUCACGAAGGUGUUCAAGAUAUGGCCUGUGAUACUUUCAUUAAGAUUGUUCAAAAAUGUAAGUAUCAUUUUGUUAUUCAACAACCAAGAGAAUCAGAACCUUUCAUCCAGACUAUUAUAAGAGAAAUUCAAUCAACCACAGCUGAUUUACAACCGCAACAAGUUCACACAUUUUACAAUGCCUGUAGUAUUAUUAUUGGAGAAGAAAGAAACGCUGCGGAAAGAAACAGGUUAUUAGGUGAUUUAAUGCAAUUACCAAAUAUGGCAUGGGAUGCAAUUGUACAACAAUCAUCAGAAAAUCCAGAUCUAUUAUUAGAUUCCGAAACUGUUAAAAUAAUUGCUAAUAUUAUUAAAACUAAUGUGGCUGUAUGUUCUUCUUUGGGAGCUGAAUUUUACCCACAAUUAGGCCACAUUUACAUCAAUAUGUUACAAUUAUAUAGAGCUGUGUCCUCAAUGAUUUCCGCUCAAGUAGCUAAAGAGGGAUUGAUCGCUACAAAAACACCAAAGGUACGUGGUUUAAGAACUAUCAAAAAGGAGAUCCUAAAACUAAUUGAAAUAUACAUAUCGAAGGCAAGAAACUUAGAUGAAAUUGUCAAGGAUUUAAUAGAACCCUUAUUAAAUGCUGUAUUAGAGGAUUAUCUAAAUAAUGUCCCAGAUGCAAGAGAUGCUGAAGUAUUAAACUGUAUGACCACUGUUGUUCAAAAGGUUGGCCACAUGAUUCCUCAAGGUGUCAUUUUAAUUCUGCAAAGUGUUUUCGAGUGUACAUUGAAUAUGAUUAACAAGGAUUUUACUGAGUAUCCUGAACAUCGUGUUGAAUUUUAUAAAUUGCUGAGAGCUAUCAAUGAGAAAUCAUUCGGUGCUUUAUUACAACUACCCGAAGCUGCAUUUAAACUAUUUGUUGAUGCUAUUUUCUGGGCAUUUAAACAUAAUAAUAGAGAAGUUGAAAUAAAUGGUUUACAAAUAGCUUUGGAUUUAACUAGAAACAUAGAAAAAUCUACUGGAUCUCUAGAUUUUGUAAACAACUUUUACCAAAAUUAUUUCUUUACUUUUAUUAGUGAGACCUUUUAUGUUCUUACCGACUCUGAUCACAAGUCUAGUUUCAGUAAACAAUCAUUAUUAUUAAUGAAAUUAAUUUCUUUAGUUGAAGAGAACAAAAUUACAGUCCCACUCUAUAAACCAGGCUCUGCCACAGAGAAUACAUCCAACCAAGAUUAUUUACAUCAAUAUUUGGCGAAUUUAUUAGGUAAUGCUUUCCCACAUUUAUCCAAGGAUCAAGUUAUUAGCUUUUUGAGUGCUCUAAUAAAGCAGUACAAGAAUCCACCUGGAUUUAAUGGUAUCUUAAGAGAUUUCUUAGUCCAAAUUAAAGAAAUUGGUGGUGACCCAACUGAUUAUUUAUUCUCUGAAGAUAGAGAAAAGAACAUACAAGAAAAGAAUAAGAUCGAUAGGGAAAACGCCAUGAAGAUUGGUGGUUUAAUCAAGCCUUCUGAAUUGGAAGAUUAA